AUGGCCAUGCGCGCGACGAGGCCCGGGCCGCCAGCUCGCCGGCGCUGGCCCGGUCCCGCCCACGCGUCCCCCGUGCCCUCGGCCCCCCCGGCGCCGCGGACACCGCUCGCCCCCGCUCUUGCCCUGCUGUCGCUGCUGUCGCUGCUGUCGCUGCUGCUGCUGCUGCUGCUGCUGCUGCUGCUGCUGCUCCCCGGAUCGGUCUCCUCCUCCCUGCUCGAGGAGCAGCUCUACAAGCCUCUGCACCAGAUGACCUUCCCCGGCGCCCCGGGGCACCGGUACACACCGGCCGGCCGGCGGACCAUGGCCCUGCGCUGGUCCCAGACCAACACACUUGAGGUCUUCCGGCAGGAGAUCUUCCCGAGCACCAUGCCGGAGUUCCGGUGGGGCCCCUUCCUGGAGGUGACGCCCAGCGCGUGGGUCCCGUCGGUGCGUGGCAAGACCGGCCUCGGCCCGCUGAGCAGGCUGCUGGUGUUCCCGGUCCCCGACACCGACAUGCCCGUGGUCGUGGAGUACGACACCAUCGACAUGGCCCUCCUCCAAUCGGCCCACAUCCACACCCUGCCCUGGACCGGGCACCAGAUGGAGCUUCUCGCCGGCCGCGGGGUCGACCUCGACACCGUCCUCUUCCUGGUGUCCCAGAGGCUGGGCGACAACACACGCGAGGUCAGCCUCAUGGUCCUGGCCGCCUCGGAGACCAGCCUGCCCCUGGAGCUGCUCCUCAAGGUGCCGGCCAAUGAUCCCGCGGGGUUGCACGCCGCUCCCGGCCCGGGAACAUCGCUGCUCCUGCUCGCCGGGGAUAUCCUGUACCAGGUGUCCCUCACUGCCUCUUGGGAUGUGGAGUACAUGAUGGCUCCCCUGGGCAUUGCCAACAUCCUCGGCAUGCAUGUCUCGCGGCUGCUGCCGAGUGAGGGUGCUGCGUGUGCCUCCGGCGACCUGGUCCUCCUGCUGGCCGACCGCACCAUCCGGGUGUUUCCCUGCUUCGCGGUGGACUCGCCGCUGCCGGGCUCCGUGGAUGGGGCCCUGCCGCCGGGGGCCCUGACCCCCGGGCGCUUCCUCAAUCCCACGCUGGACUCCAUCACCCAGCCGGUCCCCUUCCUGUACUACUUGGACUCCGGCACCCCGCAGUCCGGGGGCCUGGUCCUGUGGCGCGCGCACAUCACGCCAUCUGCCUCGCAGAAGUUCACCUGGUCUCGCCUACAGACCCUCCACUCGCCCUUCGACCCGCAGGUGGACCUUGUGCGCAUGCGGCUUGCCGCCUCCGGCGGCGGCGGCGGCGGCGCCGCCGACGACGACGCCCAUGACCGCUGGCUUCCGCUGGUCGAAGAUUUUGUCCUCUUCGACUCGGAGCAAUUUGGCUGCGGCACCGACGACAGCAUUAUUUGCUCCGGCCCCGGCCUCGACCUGGGCCCGAAUGUGCAAAGCGAAUGUGCCCCGUCCCGGUCGAUCAGCAUGCUGGUCCCAUCCGAGCGCCUAUGCGCCGGCUGCGCUCCUGGCUACUCGAUGAGCUGGUCGGAUCCCACCUUGCCCUGUCGACUCUGCCCUGGCCACUGCGGCGCUUGCGACGAGUCGGGCUGCCUCAUCUGCCUCGCAAAUUGGAUGCUGGAGCCGAGCGGCCCGGCCGGGCAGGCCGUCUGCGUGUCCAGCUGCUCGGCCGGCUUCGAGGCCGUGGCCAACACCUGCCAGCCGAUCAGCCACCCGGGGCCGGAUGUGUCGCUGGCCUUCGACCGGCCGGUGGUGUCGUCGCCCGGCAUCAACGCCGGGACAUUCGUCCUGGACACGCAUCUGGCCCUGGGCCCGAUGGGCGAGCUGACCAUCCCGGCCGCGGCCCUGGCCAACCCGGCCGGGCCCCGGGCUGGGAGUCUCUUUUUCAUGGACAACGGCCAUGUGUGGCUGGCGCCCAGCCGGGGCAUCAGCUCCUCCGGCUUGCCGGGGCUGCUGCUGGAGCUGGUGCCCCCCCUGUCGGGCUUCGCCACGGGCCCGGUCCAUGGCGCGGUGGAGCUGGGGCCCUAUCUCGAGGAUGGCCGGGCCGUCACGAUGCUCGUCCUUUGCCAUGGCGCCGGGCAGGGGAUCUUCCUGUCGGUCUCCUGCCCGACCACCAUCCUCGGGCCCGGGUGCUCGGUCGGGCUCCCGACGGCCAUCCAGUCCGGGGGGGCCGCCUGCCAGGGCGUCCGGCGCCUUGACCCUGGCCAUGCGAUUCUCUCGCUCGAUGCGUCGCACUCGGCGCUCCUCACCUGGCGCCACGCCCGGUGGCUGGAUAGUCGCCUGGUGGCCGGCAGCCGCUUUGCCCUGCUGCCGGGCUGGCCGUCGGCCGGCGCCCAGCCCCCCGACCCGUGGCUCAUGUACAUCGACCAGGCGAACAGGCUCACGGUCCUGCCGCUGGCCCUGCCGGAAUCGGACCCCCGCAUUCACAUGCUGACCGGGGUGGCCCUGCCGACGGGUCUCCCCUCGCCGGCCGAGCUGCUUGCCCUGCCGGCCGGCGCCGGCCGGCUGGAGCCGGUGCUUUCCCUCCUCCAUGAGGGCCUCUGGGUGGUGCACCUGCUGACCAAGGGCCUGGCGGGGGCCGGCCGUAAUGUCGGCAUGCUGACCACCAAGCAAACCCUCGGGGCCCUGCCCUCGCCACCGGACAUGGGCUUCUCCUCGGUGACCUUCCAGGCCAUCGACCUUUCCCCCGGGAGUGGCGAGCACCCGAGCGCCCUGGUGCUGCUGAGCGAGAAGUAUGUGGGGCUGGCGGUGCUCCGGUGCCCCGGGUCCGGGCCCGGGCCGUGUGUCUUCCUGCCGGGCCGCUUUUACCAGCAGUCCCGGGCGCUGCCGCUGCUCGGCCGCCGGGGCGUCAUCGCCCGGCCGGGGGGGCCGCUCGUCACCGAUGCGCCCGGGCACCUGGCCACCCUGCUGGCCCUGGCCACCGGCUCGGACCCGGGCCUGGUGCUCACCUUCACGGCCGACUGCCCGAGCGGCACCUUCGGCCCCGAGUGCACCGCCUGCCAUCCCACCUGCCAGCGCUGCGGCGGCCCGGGGCCCGACCACUGCCUGGACUGCGAGUUCUGGCUGCCCGGGGCGCCGGGCACAUGUCUGCCCGACUGCCCGGGCGGCGUCCCGCCCGGGCCCAGCGGCCAUGCUUGGCCUGUGCCCGGGGCUUUGCGCUGGACCCUGCCGGCGUGA